AUGGCAAGAACAAAAGAUAUGGCACAUGAAGAAAAUAUCGAUGGACAGAAAAAUGUCGGUGAGCGUGCUCAUAAAGCCCGUUACAGUUGGACUAUUAUCGGUGAAAAUGUUGCUGCAGGCAAGGGACAUCGGGACAAUAUUUUAAAUGGGAAGUUUCGUAAUAUAGGAUUGGGAAUUGCUCAAGAUGCAAAUGGCGUAACUUAUUGGUGUAUGGUAUUGGGAAAUUGGUCUGGCAGUUAA